GGCAACAGCGCCGCUCCGGCAGGAUCUGAUUCAGCAGCAGACCGUUUACGCUCUUGAGUCACUCCAGCGCUACCGACUGUCGGGAUGUGACCCCGGAACCGGACGCCUCUUUACACACAACACAGCUCUCAAAUACAACAAAAACGACAGAAUCCUGGACCAGGAGAGCGGUGCUUCAGGAGCAGGGGGGAUGAACCGUGAGGAAGCCCCUGGCAAGUCUCCUGAGGAGAUGUACAUCCAGCAGAAGGUGCGGGUGCUACUCAUGCUCAAGAAAAUGGGAUCAAACCUGACACCAAAUGAGGAAGCGUUUCUGCGAAAUUAUGCAGGCGUGGUGCACAGCCAGAUGAGUCAGUUGCCACAGCACCCCAUUGACCAGGGUGCUGAGGACGUGGUGAUGGCCUUCUCAAGAUCAGAGACCGAGGACAGGAGACAGUGACCUCUCGCCGUGCCAAAUCACUACAGUUAACAACAUAACACUGUUGAUGGAGAGGGCGGGGCCUGAGAUGGGAGAGGGGCGGGGCUCUGCUGUGUGCUUAGUGCCACACUUCCCGUCUCUUCCCCAUUCCCUUCCUCUUACUCACUAACUGUUACACUAUCAGGGCACGCGGCCUCAAUACCUGAUGACUUGACGGCCAAUGAGUCAGGAAGAGCUACCGCGAGUAAACCAUUUUAUUUAGGUGUUUUUAUUUGAUUUUCAGUUUCUUUCUGUUGCUACAGUGAGUGACGUUUCGUGUUUGUUCCCAUGAGAGACUGGACGGACCAAGAGUUUAAUUUUUCUGGUCAAACCGAGAAAGAUUAUAAAUCGCCUUAUGGGUUACGUUAUUAGAGACAAAUCUGUUUAAUUUAGCAGUUUUUUUGUUUUGUUGUCCUUGCAGGACGUGUUUGUUUGUUUUUAUUUUCAGGGUUUUCGUUUAGCAGUUAAGUAGCCGUUUAUAUCGUAACUUAUAUACGUCAAAAUGCAUAUGAGGCCCGUACGUAAGCACACACUCACAGAAUGAUGUACUACAAAUGACCUGAUGUAUCACGAUAUGGUUUUUUCGAUGUUUUCGAAUACUUUUUUGUACAGGACAUAAGAAAAAAGUAGCAACGUGAAUGAAUUGUGCCAAUAGUGAUUUUUUUUUUGUUAAAUAUUUCUAAAGGUAUCUAAUGAAUGUCUUAGGUCCUUAUUUAUUUUUCCAAUGUCUUAACGUGUAAACAAACAUGAGCCCCACCACCAUAAACUUUUUAACUCUAAAUUUGAUAAAUUACUUACCAGAAAUGUUCAAACAUGUCAAAUGAAAGCGCUGUUCUAAAUGUUGUGAUAAAUUGUGCCAUACUCUGACAGCAGUUUGUUUGGCAGUAUAUUUGAUUCAGUGGUGCUUGUUAACUAAAGUAAAACUCAAGUACAGUCCUCAAUAACAAAAUUAUUCAAAUCCAUUUUUUAACACUUGAAUAAAUUGAUUUUUUGUAACAUCAGUAUUGAAUGUUUUGUUAACUUGCUUAAGAUAAUUAUUGUAUCUCUGUGUUGAACUGACGCAUGCUUGUCUUGAGGUUUAUGGUGUAUGUUUGAGUAGCUCUGUAAUGGUCAUGAGAGCCUAUAGCGGCAUUAAACAUCAAUGUACACCUUUUUUUAAUCUGUGGAAGUCCUUUUGAACAUUUUACAAAAUGGCUGUUAUAGAUCUCACUUUCAGUAAUAAGUAUCUUAAUGAAUGUCCACUUGUCAGCCUCAACGAAAGUUUGUUUUAAAGUCAUUGUUAAAUUCCUAUUUUGUCUAUGCAGAUUAUUUUUUAACCAUUCAGAUGCAUACAACUUGUCUUAACUGCCAUAUGUGGUACAUGAGUCAUAAAUAUGAAUGUCUGGAUUCGUGUUUAGUUCAUUGACUUCACUGCAUGUCGUCCCGGUUCCCUCGAGCUGUAAACUAUUUAAUGUGAAUUGCUUUUUUAUUGUUUUAAAAUCGAAUUGAGUGGUUGUUUUAUGCCAUCCCUUGACUUAAACGCGUCCCAAAUCUAUACCAACUCAACCAUUAAAGGAGUUUAAAAUUG